AUGACUCAACAACAAACUGUAAACAUCUAUUUGUUCUACGGAUCUUACAUGACACAAUACUAUCAAGAAAACUUCGCUGUGAAUAUGUACGGCCAGCCUCUUGUAUACACCAAGACUCUUUCCCUUCUAACAAGUAUAGAUCUUUCCGGAAACAAUUUACAUGGCGAGCUCCCAGAACAAAUAACAAAAUUGGUUGGCUUGGUGGUUUUGAACUUGUCUGGAAAUCAUAUCAGUGGCAGGAUUCCCAAUAGCAUCUCAGAACUACGCCAAUUGUUAUCUCUUGAUCUCUCAGACAACAACUUCUCAGGUGGGAUUCCUCCAAGCAUGUCUUCAAUGACAUUCUUGGCAUAUCUGAACGUUUCAAACAACAAAUUGUCAGGUAUAAUCCCUUACACAAAUCAGAUGACAACUUUUAAUGCAACAUCCUUUUCUGGGAACCCAGGUCUAUGUGGAGGUCCCCUUACAGUGAAGUGUUCAGAUGGUGGAGUGACAGGUGACUCAGACGGCAGAAGGAAUGCAGACUCUGACAGGGAUGACAGCUUCAUUGAUAAGUGGUUCUACUUGAGCAUUGGGCUGGGAUAUGCAGCUGGGUUAUUGCUUCCUUAUUUAACUUUUGCAAUCAGAACAUCUUGGGGGACAUAUACUUUGGUUUUGUGGAUAAAAUUGUUGCAAAGUUUCGAGCUUGAAUUCCUGUAA